AUGUUUGGCUGGUAUUCCCAGGCUCACGUGUGUUAUGCAUAUCUGGAUGAUGUCGCUCUUUCAAAGUCACAAAUUCCACAUGGCUUUGCGAGCAGUAAAUGGUUCACAAGAGGAUGGACUCUCCAGGAGCUGAUCGCACCCACGACCGUGGAGUUCUACGACAAGAGCUGGUCUUUUAUUGGGACCAAGGGAAGCCUGUUGGACAAGAUUGCAAAAAUAACGGCAAUAUCAUACGAAGCUCUGACUCACCCUAGAAGUGUAUGGACCGAGAGUAUUGCGGAGAGAAUGUCCUGGGCAGCCAGCAGGACGACAACCAAGGACGAAGAUGGGGCAUACUGCUUAAUGGGCAUUUUCGACGUCAAUAUGCCGCUGUUGUAUGGCGAGGGCAUGACAAAGGCAUUUCGACGCCUCCAGAUGCAAAUUAUGGUCAACUCCGGAGAUCUGUCCAUUUUCGCGUGGAAGAUUCGGCAUCCUCGUCACGACACCCGCUACGGGCCCUUACCAUCAGAACCUUGUGGUGUCCUGACUUCGUCCCCCAAAGCCUUCUUGAAGCAUCGGACAGACACGGCUAUCGUCUCGAAUGACAAUGUCAAAGCGUCCGCUGGUCCUCUCUUGUCGUCGCUCUUGACGGUGACAAAUCUUGGUCUUUCUGUUUCGCUGCCUCUCCUGCAGCUCGAUCUGUCUACAGUUGCUGUUCUGAACUGCCAACGGAAUGGAAAAUGGGUUGGAAUACACGUGCAUUUGGACAGUGAGACAGGCUGCUACUACCGAAAACGAUUAACCGAAGUGGUUCUUAUCGACUCGAGCAUAAAACUCGAGCAGCCGCAGCCAAUUUACCUGUCCACGGAUGAGCCAAGCUCAGUACGUCCCAAUUUCUGGUUCCCGACAUUCCUUUCUGUGAUUGAUACGACCAAUUCCUCGCACCCCUACAAAAUUACACGGAUACGCGAUUGGAUAUUCGAGGGUCUCGAUGGGCCUUGGUCGUCCUCCAAAAUCAUUGCGGAGAUUAUUUUUCUCUUCUUCUCGGAUUUCAUAGUGGGAAGAUAUGCUCUCAUGGUGUCUCACGGGAUCUAA